AUGAGCACCUCAACUACCCCAGCAGCACCAACAAGCCCAACAGAAGUGCAACCCCGCUUCUCCGCGCUCUUCACCGAGCUCGAGAACCGCUUCAAAACGACCAAGCUUGGCAGCGACAAGUGGUACAUCCUAGCCAUUUCUACCCUGGCCGCAAGCCCUGAUCCAGAGCGCGCAGACCAGCUGUACCUCCAUCUCACCCAGCAAGAGCAAUACACCACCUCUGCAGCCCGACAAGCCUUGAUCCGGCGACUGCGCGAGGCUCUCGUCAAAUGCGUACCAAUCGUUGGAGUAUGUAAGCCCAUCGAGGCAAUUCUUUCCAUUGCCGAGAUCGAGCGUGACGAAGAUAAGGAUUAUACCUUCACGCGUGAAGGCUGGCAAUGCGACCAGGCAAACCACGAGCGUGGCACAGGCUGGAUGCAGAAGCUGUAUGCGCGGAAUACGACCGGCACACUAGAUCUGUUCAGUGCUCAUCGGGACUUCUCUUGGCUGUCGAAAGAGAUUACGUACGGGCUGUUUUUGUCGGAUCGGAUAAUUCUUGACGAUAUGGAUACGCAGCUGGUUGUUCUUCCGGGUAUCAUGAGUCAGAAUCUGCCCAAGGAGACGCAUUGGCAUAUUCGUGGGACUCGACGGAUUGGUGUGCCAAAGGAGGAGGUUGAGGUUAUUUGGGAUUGUGUGCAGCUUGUUGCACAGUUCUUUGAUGUCAAGCUUCAUAAGGUGCCCACUGUUGAUGCUGUUGAAUAUGAUGUUUAG